AUGGCCAAGACUAUAGUGAUAACUAUUUUAGUAGUUCUGUGUUUGUUACUGGAAGUUCAGUGUGGUUGGGGUCCCCUUUCAUACCCUUAUGUAUCGGACUACCCUUGUGUAGGAACUAACAGUAUUGUUAGUUUUUUUGAGCCCGGAGUGUCUUCUAAGGCCAAGACUCGUUAUUCUGUGUCCAUAAAUGAAACAUUCCCGACUAAUUCCUCAAUUCAAAUUGCAUUUGAUUCAGAAGCUUACGUCACUUUGCUUGUAAAAACGGAUGAUAAAAAAUUUAGUAGAGUAACGAUGGAACCCGGUGUGAUGUUUGGAUUCUUUUACUUUGUACAAGAAACUGGCUUUAAUUUUGUAGUAACUUCCUACGUCCCUGGAAUAGUUCCGUACAUAACCAGCGUUAAAAUCAACGAUGAAGAAUAUUGUCGGUAUCCAAAUGUGGGAUUCUUAAACCAAUAUGUUGUUGAAACGUUAAUAAACGACGAAGAAAAGAACUGCGGCCGGCGUCAAGUGAGAGGCACACAGUUGAUGGUUAAUGGCGCUAACACUAAACCCGGGGACUGGCCAUGGCACGUGGCUAUUUAUAAACGACAAAGAAACAUUAUUAAGUAUAUCUGUGGAGGAACUCUUGUAUCUAAGAAUUUUGUAUUAACAGCUGCUCACUGUGUGUCCGUGAGGGGUUCUGCCUUAUUGCCAGACGUAAUAAGUGUUGUCCUUGGGAAAUACAAUUUAUUUGGAGGUGAUUUUGGGUCUGAAGAAAAGGAGGUUGGUAAAGGAACAUCUGCUUGCAACGGUGACAGUGGUGGAUCACUUGUGGUGUUUGUACCAGAUACGGCUGAGGAUAGCGAUCCAAGAGCUGAAGGAACCUGGCAUGUUAAAGGCAUUGUAUCAAUGACACUAUCUCAAAAAGAUGUACCGAUAUGUGAUCCGGAACAGUACGUAGUGUUUACAGACGUUGAGAAAUACAGAGUGUGGAUAAAAAGCUACAUCAAAGAAAAAGAAAAUGAAAAUGUUAUAUAA